ACUUGAUGGGGAAAUAAUUUUCACCCUAUAAAAAAAAGAUUUGACUUAUCCUUCCUAACUUUUUAAACAAAAUUCAUUUCCCCGCAAAACUUUAAUACCCAUAAAACAAUUAACCAAAAGAAAAAAAAAAAACUCCAAAUUCCCUUUCAUCUGUGUCUCCAAAAUUCAUUUCCUUUUUAUAUGAUCUUCUUUCUUCUUCUCCAUCUAGCUGUUGAACAAAAAGUCCAAAUCCCUAUUUGCUGAGGCAACAUGGCAAAACUGUAAUUUCGAUAAAGAAUUGGUGGUAUAUUGGGGGCAUUUUGGUAAAUUCGUAGAGCAUGAGGAUCCAUCCUAUGUCCUUGAAACGUAAUAUUGCGAUACGUGAAGGUAUAAAUUCAGCGGAACGACAACAAUUAUUUGCAAUUAUGGAAGGAAACCCGUUGAAGAAGUUACGAAAAUUACCUCAUGUUUUCGGGAAGGUUCUAGAACUUCCAUUCCGUUCCGAUGCUGACGUGGCGGUUGAAGAAGGACCUGAAUUCUUCCGUUUCGUAGCGGAGAUGGAACUUGACGGUAACGGUGGAGCGGCGGCAGGAGGUGUUAGGGUGCAGGCGGUGGAGAUACAUACGGGAAUUACGAAGAUUGUGGUGAGGAAUGGCGGCGGUGACGGACUGGCCGGCGGAGGAGAAGAGUUGUUGUUGUUGGACGAAUUGAACGUGGACACGUGGCGGUUUAGGUUGCCGGCGGCGACGAGGCCGGAGAUGGCUACGGCGGUGUUUGUUGACGGUGAGUUAAUUGUGACGGUGCCGAAAGCUGGCCGUGACGGUGGUGAAUUCGCCGACGGUAGGGAUGUUUGGGGCGGCGGUGGCCGGCUUGUUCUUGUACAGUAAUAACUAAUAACCAUAUAUUUAAAAAAGAAUUUUUAUUAAUACAAAAUGAUACUACUAAUGAUAAUUGUUGUACAUAAUGGUUGACUGGGAAACAUUAUUCUCCAUGUAAUAAUAAAUAACUACUGUACUAAUAUUCUAUCAUUUGACAUAGUUUUUAAUAAUUUUAUUUAAUGUUUUCUUGA